AUUAUUUGGAGGGGAAAAAUUUAAGAAAAACAGGAUUUAGGUUCCAAAAUAGAACAUAUGUUCACAUUUUAUAAUCGAAGCCUAAGGUCGAUUUGAUUUUCGAUCUCCCAAGAGUCAGAUACGCAAUGGUGAGAGAAGUAUCGGAAAGUUGUGUGGAGAGUUUGCUUGCAGAGAUAGUGCUAUCGUAUUGCUCAGGCUUCUACGCCAACAAACCCGAGCUCGCAGCGCGGAGGAUCGAAGCCAUCGGCUUUCAGGUCGGUCACCAAUUAAGUGAAAGGUACACAAUGGAUCGACCAAGGUUCACCGAUAACCUAGACGCCAUCAAGUUUAUCUGCAAGGACUUUUGGUCCGAACUCUUCAAGAAACAGAUAGAUAACUUAAAGACAAAUCAUAGAGGUACUUUUGUAUUGCAAGAUAAUCGAUUUCGAUGGCUAGCACAUAUGUCUGUUGACCCAUCAGUUCAAGCAUCUGGCAAUAUUCAAGAUCCUUCAGCAAUGGCGGAAAACAAAUCAGCUCAGGCUACUGGAAUGCACCUAUACUUUCCUUGUGGAAUCAUCCGAGGAGCACUUUCAAACUUGGGAAUUGAAUGUGCAGUUUCUGCAGAUAUAUCCAACCUCCCAGCAUGUUCUUUUGUUAUCAGAAUAAAGGCAUGAUAGUCCAUUGAAAUGGUGCCGGAGUUGUUGGCUGAUGCUUGUGUUGAAACUUCUUUUCUUUCUUGCAGUUGUAAAUCGUACUUGUACACCACCAACUCUAUCUUUCUGUUACUCAUGCAUGACUGAAGCUGUCUUAUUUACGCAAUUGUUAUCAGAAAAAUGGUUAUUGCAAUCUGCUGUGCCUUCUUCCUAGACUUAGGUUUUGUAAAGCCUAUUGCUUUGAAUUGUUGGACAGAUGCGUAAUAAUCUCAGGCGAACUUAAUAUGAGAAUUGACGUGAAUUCUGAUUCUA